AGUCUCCUCCAAACCUUCGGAUGUAUCUCCCUACUCUGAUUGGUCUUUCCAACUGUUAAGGGUGAUUUUCCCGUGCAAGCACAUGCUUCAUAUUGAUUUUUGGAAAGGUGCUUCUCACUACCAUUUACAGUGAGCCCAAAACUUUAGUGGAAAAUUAUUUAACGUGCGGCAAAAAUCACGAGAUACUAUUUUUACAUAGCAAACGGAGUUUUUUAGUGAAUUAGAGUGUUAUAAAUAUUGAUAAAUUACAUAAGUUGUGGGAGUGCGUAUUGGAAAGUUCAUGUGUAUUUGGUUUACUUGAUCCUUCUGUUCUGUACAAUUUUCCUACAAGUAUCUAGCCAGUAUUUAGAGAAUAAAGUAAUUACGAUAAAAGAUUUUCCAUUUAUUUAUUUAUUAUAAUAUUUACGUAACAAUAUUCAACAUAGAAUUAUUUAAGUUGGACGUUUAUUGAAUCUAUGUGCCGAAAUUUGGACAGUAGUGCCUAUUCAUUAGACUGAUAACAUGACGGAUAAAGCAUUAAAAUCAGAGAUGACGAAACACGGGCAUGAAUUAGCGCCAUUAAACAAUGGUGUGAAUACAUCGGCAGAACCAAAAAGUAAGCAAGGAGUUACAAUAGUUCUACAAGGCCCUAGAGGCUCCAUAAUAUCGAGAGGUAGUCAGGCUGCCGACGUUGAUCCAAAUCGGGCGGAAUGGUCUGGAAAACUGCAAUUUUUUUUAUCCAUUAUUGGUUAUUCUGUAGGAUUGGGAAAUAUAUGGAGGUUUCCUUAUUUGUGUCAACAGAAUGGUGGAGGUGCCUUUCUGAUACCAUUCGCCAUAAUGUUAGUUAUGGAGGGCGUUCCUCUGUUUCUUAUAGAAUUGGGAAUCGGACAAAAAAUGAGACUGGGAUGCUUAGGGGUAUGGAGUACCAUCCAUCCGUGGUUGGGCGGUAUAGGCAUGGCUUCCUGUAUAGUUACAUUUUUUGUAGCACUGUACUAUAACGUGAUUAUCACUUGGUGCUUUUAUUAUCUUUUCAACAGUUUUCAGUAUCCACUUCCUUGGGAAUCGUGUCCUAUAUACAAUGGUACUAUCGAUGCCGAAUGUGAUAAAUCAUCAGCAACAGCUUAUUUUUGGUACCGAGUAACUCUAGAUGCUUCAGCUAAUAUCGAAGAACCGGGAAUGCCAAAAUGGUGGAUAGUAUUAUGCUUACUUCUAUCAUGGCUCGUUGUAUUUUUUAUCAUGAUGAAAGGAAUACAGAGUUCUGGAAAGGUUGUCUAUUUCACAUCACUCUUUCCUUAUGUAGUACUAACAAUAUUUUUUAUACGUGGAAUAACGCUUAAAGGUGCCAGUGCUGGAUUAGCCCACAUGUUAACACCGAAAGUUGAGAAAUUGAUGGAGCCGAAAGUGUGGCUCGAUGCAGCUACUCAGGUAUUCUAUUCGUUUGGAUUAGCCUUUGGAUCGUUGAUCGCCUUCGGAUCGUACAAUACCCCUAAAAAUAAUUGUGUUAGAGAUGUUAUUUUGGUAUCGAUUUGUAACGCUGUUACGGCAAUUUAUGCCAGUGUUGUUAUAUUUGCUAUUUUAGGAUUCAAAGCUGUUACUAAUGUGGAUAAAUGUAUAAUCGAUAAUAAAAAUAUUUUAAUGACUCAUGGAAUUUUGAGAAAAAUGUCUCCGGAAAUGGUGUCCGAUGAGGCUUAUCAAAACGCACUUGUUCAUGCUAAUAACACCCUCAACGUCACCGAUUGUUCUUUAGCAAGAGAACUAGAUGCGGCGGCAGAAGGUACAGGUCUGGCCUUUAUCGUGUUUACCCAAGCGAUCGUCGAAUUACCAGGAGCACCAUUCUGGGCAAUAAUUUUCUUUAUGAUGCUUCUAGCUCUUGGUAUUGGGUCUCAGAUCGGAAUGAUGGAAGGAAUGCUGUGUACUGUCUUUGAUAUAGAAAUAUUCAAAAGAGUCGGCAAGAUUUACGUUACAGCUGCUCUCUGUUUGAUAUGUUUCUCCGUUGGUUUAAUAUUCACAACAGGAGCCGGCGAAUAUUGGUUAAGUAUGUUCGAUUCGUUCGCCGGAACUAUUGGUUUGGUGGUUGUCGCCUUUCUGGAGAUGAUGGCAGUUACAUAUAUUUACGGUCACGAAAAAUUUACUAAAGACAUUUUUGAAAUGACCGGUACUAAGCCUGGACUAUAUUGGCAGAUUACUUGGAGGUAUUUAGCUCCGGUUAUAAUGAUGAUUAUAUUGGGUUCGUCAAUUGUGCAAAUGUUCAUAGAGAGUCCAAAAUAUCAAGCGUGGAGUAAAGAAGAAGGUGACGUUAAACCUACACCUUAUCCAACAUGGGUAAUGGCUAUUGCUAUUUCCAUGAUCUUGGCAGGGAUACUACCUAUUCCUAUAGUAUUUCUCUUGAGGAGGUAUCAGAUCCUGAAACUAGACGUUAAUAUUCAUGAAGGAUCUAUCCGAAGAAUAGAUACAACGGUAUCUACCAAAGAAAUGAUCACAGAUGUUGAUCUCUAUGAAGACGACGUAGAUGAUUUAAGGCCGUAUCACGAUUCCGAUUCAUCAGAUGAUGACGAUCUUCAGCUGGACACAUCAAUAGGCCGAAAAAUCCACAUUGAGCUUUAGAUUUUAAAAAUAAAAAGAUGUUUUUGAGUACAAUUAUUGUUGGUAGUUGACACAGGCUGUUUGUUAACAGGGUACACAUAAUUCAAUAAUUUUUAAUGACUCAAAGUCAUUUUUAUAAUCCCCAUUGUUUUUAUAUGAAUUUCUUUCAGUUGAAUUUAUGAUAAUAAAGGCGUUAAUCAUGUCUCGCUAAUAUGAAAUAUAAGAACUCAGAGGAAUUUGUGUACCAGAAGCAAAAUUCAAGUUGGAUUCAUCACCUCUUACGUUCUCGUCCGCGUUGACGGAUAGACGUUGGUACGCGAACGCGGGCGUUUGUGUUUGUAAAUCACACUCCGUAAUCUGUUUAAUUUAGGUUGAACGCGAACGAUGGCGCCAACGCGAACGCGAGCGUAAAAGUUCAUAAAUUGAACUUUCCACUAUAAAGUUCACGCUCACGUGCUCAAGUUUUUCUUUCCAUUCUGGACUUUAGAAACACGUCCAAUACAUAUAGAAUGUUAGCUUAACUAAAUAGCAGUGUUUCGUACAAAUUAUCUCAAAUCUCAAACAUUGUUGAUUAUAUACUAGCGCGGAGUUAAUGAUGAAUUUGAAGUCUCGUGGAAUUAAUAGUCAUUGGAAAAAAUCGCUAUUGAUUUCGAGCACCAGCAGUGAUUAUGUCGAGGAUCCCACAAUAGAAAUUUACUUCAAUGAGCUUAUCAUUAAAAAAAUACAUAACAGAGCGUCAUGAAAACAAUAAAACUCAUCCCUCGUCAUUUAAGGGUCAUACUUCACAGAAAAAGGCAUGACGACGUCGCCGGCUACGUAUCCAAAUAAUUCGUAUUGAAAUAUACAUCCCUUUAUUAAUUUAGCGACGAUUUGGGAACGUUGCCAAUUUGGAAGCAACUGUUGACACGCUGUGUAAGUCUGGAAAAUGUGUACGGGCAAGAUGCGUCUCAAUCACUCAGUCUUUAACCGGUCGUCAAGACGGACCCAUAAUGAGCUUCGAUGCAGAAAUAUUCAUCGUAGAAUGAAAGUGUUGUGAUAAAAAGUAUCGGGACUAAAUCGUAAAUAUAUUCAAAGAAAAAGACGAGAUGACGAUUCUUCUGGACUUUUCUUAAAAUUAUAUCUUUUUUUGUCAGUUCAUUUCUAAAUAAUCUCAAUAAGUCAUCAAACGAUGAGACUGACAUUAUCGGGAAGCUAAAAAACUUGGAAGCACAUUUUCUUACAUCUUCAUAUUAGAAAAAACAUCUUUUCAGCUUCGAUCUGAUAUGAAAGGCUGGACCCAUAACGUUUUAGGUUUCUUCAUUUUUAACUUUUUGCGACACAUAUAAUAAAUAAGUGCAAUUUCUUGUAUGCACGACGCGUCCAUUCUCGAUAUGAGGACUGAAAGAGCUGACUGACAUAUGGUCGCCUCCGGCUACUCCAUUUGGUGAGGUAGCCAUGGCUACGUAACUGGCAACGUCGCCAUAACGUCACAGUGAGAUAGGUUCCUAAUUUGAGCUACGAACAUACAAAGAGUUGUGCUAAAAAAACGACAGCUCGAAACAAACGGAACGCGAGCACUUUCACCAAUCUAUACAAAUCGCAUUCCAGUUCGUAAAUGUAUACGAAUUGUACGGCGAAUCUUUUACCUUCCAUAUAUUAAGAAUUUUAAAGAUACAUUUAAGAAAUUCCAGCAACGUAAAUUGAAAGUUAAAAAUGACGUCGUAUUAGUUGAUAGAUGUUGAAGGAACUAGGAAGUGAUAACACAAUUCCUUUUUCUCUAUCCUAUUAGUUUGUGACUAACUAUUUCGCACUUUCCGAAAGUGUACUUACUGGGAAUAAUAAUUUUAGCAAAAUUUGCAUUAUUGGUAAGGGUCUAGUAUGGAACUUAAAUAAGCAGAUUGUAAACACAUGGUGGAAUGAAGAUAUAGUGUAGUUGACCAACAAAUUACGCGAGCUGAGUGUAUUGUGCAAAUUACACGCGCUGUUCAGCCUUUAAGCUCAUGCUAUUUCGACAAAAA